UUAUUUCUUGCUGCGUCAUUCACAGGAGGAAACGACGAUGCCUACCUUCCCUUAUUUCCAAAUUCCGUCCGUAGUUUACUCAUUCCGGUCGUGAUUUCGAAUUUCGUGUGGAAAAAAAACAUUUAUUUCAGAAGUGCUGUACCGAAAAGAACUGGACUUGAAAACGGAGAAGAUGAAAACAUGACACUGUAUAAUGCGGACUUACAGCAGUGCUACGUUCGCCGUGCUGAGUGCCGGAACAGCGCUUUGUCGCCUUGUCGCGUCCCGAGUGGAAGCUUCCCGUUUAAGGAGUCUGGGUCAUCCGUGUCGCUUCGCGUCUGCGUUUUUCGGUGGUCUUGGUGGCAUGAGUUUACGAGGCCAAUCGGCGUACCAGCUUCGACCCACUGCUGGAAUCAUAAUUAUUGGCGAUGAGGUUCUCAAGGGUCAGGUGAGAGACGCCAACUCACCGUAUUUCUGCGAAAAGCUGACCAAAUUGGGCGUCAAAGUAUGCAAGGUGUCGACGAUAGCGGAUGAUGUCGACGUUAUUGCAGAUGAGGUGCGUCGGUUCUCCGAGACGUACACAUACGUUUUCACAUCUGGCGGCAUUGGACCGACGCAUGACGACAGAACUUUCGAAUCUGUGGCCAAAGCCUUCGAUUUACGGCUUGUGCUGCAUCCUGAUCUCGAGGACUUCUGCCGCGUCUGGUUUAAGACGAGUGACAUAACUUCCGUUGUCUUCAAAAUGGCAAAGGUU